UCGUUAAAAUUGUAUGAAUGCUUCUGCAGCACAGACAACCAGAGAGUCAUUUGUAAUUAUACAAGUACAAGUAUCAGCCGCAGAUCUCUGGGAGAAAAAAAAAAUGUCGACGACCAAAGCAGCAGUAGCAACAGGUGCCUCUCCAAGCCUUCCGAAAUCCGGAGCCAUUUCAAAAGGCUACAACUUCGCUUCUACUUGGGAACAGAAUGCUCCGUUGACAGAGCAGCAACAAGCAGCAAUAGUAGCACUUUCUCAUGCAUUUGCCGAGCAACCUUAUCCUGUCAAAUUGUCCCAGGAGCGUGUACAUGGACAAGAUAAUGGUUUGUCCAUUUCAACUAAGCACUGCACUGUGGAAGAAUCGGGGGCUAUUGAAGCAGUUUUGGUCAAUACGAAUCAGUUUUACAAAUGGUUUACAGAUCUUGAAGCAGCCAUGAAAUCAGUCGGAAUCUGUCUUAAUGCAAUGGUCGUAUCAGUGUUAACUUGGAAAGCUGCUAAGCCUUUAGGGGCAUUUGCUUUUGUCGUUAAACAUGUUAAUACUUUUGGUUUUUUUAAAUUUGGGGGAAACUUUCUGAUGAUAGAGAAGAUGUGGAGCUUCUACUAUAUUCAAUGCAAGUUUGUGGUGAAAAUUCCAGAGGGUAUGGCGGUGGAGCUGGCGGCCGCUACUGUGCGCCGGGGUGACAGUGUACAGCCCACUGACUCACUUUGGGCUGAAGGAGAGUGGGAUGAGAGGAGGAAUAUUGGGGCUUGGAGGGGUUGGACACAUGGGAGUGAAGAUAGCAAAAGCCAUGGGCCAUCACGUGACUGUCAUUAG